ACCCAUGAACACCCCUACCCCAUCUCUCUCUCACUCUCAGCUCACCACGGUUCACCGUCACCGCCUUUCGCCGGGUCUUCCGCGUCGUGUGCUCACGGCUCGCCUCCCUCCUCCGUUUGUACUCGGCUGCUCGCGCCUCCCUCCGCCAGUGAGUGCUCGAGCUCUGCGUGUUUGUUGCUGCUCGUCGUCCGUGGUUGUCUCUUCUCGAUUCUGCCUCUCAGUCUCACUCGAAUCUCGUCUCAGUCACACUGCCGGCGUCUCAUUGUCUUGUCGCCGGUGUCUCAACAUCUCAUAGUCUUCCCUAGGCGCCUCGUCGCCGGCGGUAGAAGCAACUCGUGUGGUUGUCCCUUGCUUCGUCACCUUCCUUGGGGUCGUCGCCGUGGACCGUGGACCGUUGUGUUCUAUUGUAAAGACAGUUCUUCAGGAUGCAUGCACUGAGAGUUUCUCCUUUACUUAUUGCUAAAACAUUUCAAGCAAUGGAAAUUCCAUCAAGCACACGAAGCACUGUGGUGUGUGCUGCAAAAGGUCCAAGGCUGCGCUAUCCACGAGUUUGGAAGACCCAUAAAAGAGUUGGGACCAUUAACAAGGCUGCUAAGCUUGUUGAGACUAUUAGGCAGCUGUCAAAUGUCAAAGAGGAAGUUUAUGGUGCUCUUGAUUCCUAUGUUGCUUGGGAAUUAGAGUUCCCUUUAAUUACUAUGAAAAAGGCACUCAAGACUCUAGAAGAUCAACAAGAGUGGAAGCGGGUAAUACAGGUAACAAAGUGGAUGUUAAGCAAAGGUCAAGGUAGGACUAUGGGAAGCUAUUUCACAUUAUUGAAUGCAUUAGCAGAAGAUGAUCGAAUCGAUGAAGCUGAAGAGCUUUGGACGAAGCUAUUAAUGCAGUAUAUGGAAAGCUUGCCUCGUAAAUUCUUUGAUAAAAUGAUAUCUAUCUACUACAAGAGAGGCAUGUAUGACAAGAUGUUUGAGGUUUUUGCUGAUAUGGAGGAGCUUGGUGUUCAUCCUAAUUUGACUGUCGUGCAAGUGAUUGGAGGUGUCUUUAAGGAGGUGGGCAUGUUGGACAAAUAUGAGAAGAUACACCAAAAAUAUCCACCACCUAGGUGGAAAUAUAGAUACGUCAAAGGAGGACGGCGUAUAAAAAUUAAGGUGUCUGGUCAACCUUACCAAGGCAACUACAGAGAAGGGAAUGAGCAUGCAAAGUUGAAUGGUGAACCAAAUUUGGACUUAGAUGACAAUGAUACAUCAGAAGAGACUUCAGAGUUAGAGGAAGUUGAUGAACAAUUCAACCAGGACGCCAAUGCAAGAACCAUGGAAUCUAAACAAAUAUCAGAUGAUUCAUUUGAGACUAAGGAACCAGUUUUAGAUGUAUAAUAGUUGGGGAUAGAUGAUUUAAGAUAAUUCAAUACUUGAUGAGUUUCCAUUGGCAGUUAUUUCUGUCAUAGUUGGAAUGUAUUGUUUACAUGCCUCUAUCAUGGAAGGAUGGAAAGUGUUAAGGAUAUAGAAUGGAGAUUGGAGACACUCUUGGACAAGAAGAGUAUGCUUUUGAAACUAAGGUAUUCUACAAUGGGAAAAACCAAGAUGUGAUGUUCUUCUCUAGCCAGCAUCAAUGAAGAUUUUAGCACGGCACAGGAAUUUAUGUUCUACCUCAUACAAUGACACAUAUCAGUAGUGAAUCAUCUGUUGUGCAUACUUUUCUUUUUCAAAAUUGAAAAACAAAAAUGUUAUUCUAAAAGAUGAGUCAUUAAG